CGGGGGAGGAUCCGGGUCCCGGGCUCCUCCCGGCGGGGCGGGCCCGGCCCGUUUAUAGCCGCGCCGAGAGCCAGGCGGCCUCGCCCGCGCCCGCGCCCGCGCCCGCUCCGGAGCGGCUCCGCCAUGGACCUACAGAUCCUGGAGCACCGCGUGCGGGUGCUGAGCCUCGCGCGCCGCGGCCUCUGGUUCUACACGCACCCGCUCCUCAAGCUGCUGCUCCUGCCCCGCCGCAGCAGGUGCAAAUUCUUCAGCUUGACAGAGACUCCCGAGGACUACACCAUUAUGCUGGAUGAGGAAGGCUUUAAAGAGUUGCCCCCGUCAGAGUUCAUGCAGGUGGUGGAUUUCACCUGGCUGGUGCUCAACGUCUUGUCCAACGGCAGGUCCUCCACCAGCUCCCAGGCCAUAGGAGUGACGAAGAUUGCCAAGUCGGUCAUCGCGCCACUGGCUGAGCACAAUGUCUCUGUGCUGAUGCUGUCUACCUACCAAACGGACUUCAUCCUGGUGCGAGAGAAGGACCUGCCUGUGGUGAUCCACACGCUGGCUGGCGAGUUUGAUAUCUACAAGGAGGUGAAUGGAGAGUCCAUCCCUGUUAACUCUGAUGUGAGCAACGGCUUCCUGAAACCCAAGCAUGCUGUGAGCCCCACUGUGCACCCUGUGCAGAGUCCCCAGAACAGGUUCUGCAUCCUGACCGUGGCUCCUGACACUCUGCCAGCCAUUGCGACCAUGCUCAUAGAUGUCCUGUUCUAUUCGCACAGCCCUCCAAAGGAAGGUGCCCCAAGCAGUCAGGAUCUCGACUCCAGCAGGUUCUUCGCCUUCUCAUUGAUCGAGGGCUACAUCUCCAUCGUCAUGGAUGCGGAGACCCAGAAGAAGUUCCCCAGUGACCUGCUGCUGACCAGCUCCACUGGGGAGCUCUGGCGGAUGGUGAGAAUUGGCGGACAGCCGCUGGGCUUCGAUGAGUGUGGGAUAGUGGCUCAGAUCGCCAAGCCUCUGGCCGAUGCAGACAUAUCGGCAUAUUACAUCAGCACCUUUAACUUCGACCAUGCCCUGGUCCCAGAGGAAGGCAUUGACAGCAUCAUCGAGCUGCUCCAGAAGCGCCAGGAGAGCAGUAGAUAGCUGGCAUGGCAGCUCCUGUGUGCUCUGACACCUGUCCAGAAAGCCAAGGGGGAGCUCAACGCUGGGAGCAGGGCAGAGAACACUCCAGUCUCCUGUUUCUGAUGGCUGGCUCCACAUCAGCAGGGGCCUCUUGUUUGUCUUCAAGUUUCCAGGGUGUGGGGCACUGCUCCAACUGUGGAGAGCUAGCCCUGGGCUCUAGCAGGAGAGUCCUUGUGUUCUCCGCAGGAGCGUGGGCUCUGACGGGCUCCCAGGGUGUCCCACUGGAAAACUGAGUUUCCUGCAGCAGUUUCAGUGUUACCUGCCCCAGGGCUCCUUGUAUUCCCAGACCCGCCCCUCAGGGAGCAGAGUCCGUCAUGGACCAUGAAAUGGUGUUGGGCAGACUUUGCCCAUCCCUGGAUUGUAACUCUUCCGGCUUGGAGUCAAGCCUGUCACAUUGUUUUUUCCUUUGACUAUUUUCGUAGCUAACUGCCUAGUUACGUAGAGCCUCCAGUACUUAGUGUUUCAUUUGCAAUGCCAGGCUUAGGCAGCAGUAGAGCUCUCUCCCUAAACAUGGCUAGCGGGCAUCUCUGUGUAUGGGGUAGGGAGUUUCUUCCCUUCACGUGUCGGGGGGGCAGUCGCUGGUGGCAUGAGAAAAGAUGCUGGGCAUUGGGUUGUCUAGCGGCUGAUGAGUUGCCAAGGAAGAGGGUUGCUAUGAUGCAGUCAUUCCUGCCACAUGGUCAAGGAUGUGGGAGAAAUGACUUUCUUGGGGUUGUGUGGUCUUGUACCAGUGUUAACACCCCUGCUGGGUGCUCAGGACAGGCGCUCGGCCUCUUGGACAGUCCUGGCUUAGUACAGUAUUAAGAAUUGCAGGUAACCUAAAGCAUGUAAGAAUGGCUCCUAUUUAUAGCAUGGCCCUCCAAAGGAAGGAGGGGCAGAGAGCUUUCUAGGGUAGACUCUCCUUUCUAUACGUGCUGGGAAAUAUCAUGUGAUCCAAACCCCUCUGGCUGCCUAGCUGCACUUGGAUACAAUAUUUUUAUUGCUUUUAUAAGCCCCUUCUUAGGGCAGGCGAGCAGGGAUUGAUUGGCCCAGACUCCCAUCUGAUGGGCAGGAUGGCAUCUGUGCCAGGAUGGGGUAUGCUAGACAGUUGAGUUCUUGUAGGAUUUCUGGAAUACAUGCAACUCCAGGCAGGGAAGGGAGGAUGGUGGAAAUAUACAAAUCUUCUGGUUGUGAAGCAGAGAAUUUCCCUGGAUUGGAGCAAGACAGUUGUGGAAGAAAAGCAUGUCUGAGUUGAGUGGUGGAAGUGCCCACACUGCAGCUGGCAGUACCUUUGUGAUGGAUGCUGAAAGAUCCAGGAGCCUGGUGUGUUUUUUCACAUUCCCCUCAGACUGGAGUAGGAAAGCCACAAUAUUUCCUCUUGUAACCAUUGGUAUCCAUGGAGGUGGAAUUCCCUCUGUCUCCUGCCCCCCUGUUUUCUGUGGCAUUGUCAUGGCAGUGCCUUUCAAGGGACCCCCCCAAAGCCUCUGCCACGGCCUGCUGCUUCCCAGAGAGGGGGGAUGGUCCCCCCGAAGUGGUGAGGCGGUCCCUCCUGGGUGGCCAAGAAAGCUGCCUCUAGGUGAAUGCGUAGCUUGUUGCCAUAUAGAGAUCUUUCUUGUUUCUGCAAGGGAGUGGCUCUCAAUCUCCAGGCCAUCGUAAGGGCACUCUUCCUCUCAAAACUCAUUCCCCUUUUGAAGCACAGCUAUGCCUCUUGCACAAGGGAACAGCUGCCAGCAGUGACUGAAAGAUUCUCCCAGAGCCUGUUCUUGGAUUUCAGCCUACCGCUCAACUCCCUUUUCUGUGAGCCUUCUGGACGGAGCAAGCUGGGUUGGCCGCAGUAGCACUUCUCACCAGUAUGAACACUCCCACCACGCCUUAGCGUAGGAAAAACUGUGAGAAACUUCUAUGGUCCACUGCCCUGUGCCCAGGCUAGGUCUGGGCUGCUGGAAGCACUCACUCGGCAGGGCAGCCUGUGUGCCACAAUGAAAAGUUCAGGGGUGGACUAGGUGUGUUCAGGGAGGUCACGCGCAGGUUCUCAGAACAGCAGGGUGAUGUGAUGUAGUGUCAUCUUCUGGGAAAGGGCAGCUGUCCACUAGCGGCUCUUCAUCCAUUUAGUGUGCAUAGGAAAGGCCUCUGGCUGCUAGCCCAGUGGCUGACUGGUUCAUCCUCGGGUGACUUUAUCCCUGUUGAGUUUCUUGCCAGUGCAGCAAGGCGCCCACCAGUUUGUGUAGCAAAACCAGAUUAAGGAAAUCUUCUAGUUUUGAAUAGUUUUUUUAAUAUCAAUAAAUCUGCCAUUUUGAAGAACA